AUGGUCUACUGCAAAAUAUCGCCUGACGUGAAAUUGGCCGCCAUCAAGCUAUAUGAAAAGAAUCUUCUUUCUCUCAACGACAUUCUCGACUGCUGUGGACUCUUGGAGCGAACCUUCUGGCGUGCACGUGCCACAUCAAACGUGACAGCUGUGGCUGAAGCGUUGCCACAUCAUUCCUUCCUUCCUACCACCACCAUCACCAUCCACCACCACCGUUUCAAACCACGACCACCCACAACGUCGACAAUGACACUGAUGCUGACGACGCGUGACCAGGGCCCAGCCCAGGUGCCACGUCGCGACGUGGCAACCAGACGGCGAACGACAACAUCGGUCGUCUUUCGCCGUAUCUGCUCAGCCACGAGGACCCACCACCACGAACAGCCCACCAACACACCACACCAACAUCAACAAGCGCCCACCACCACGAGCGCCCACCACCACAAGCGCCCACCAAUGUCAACGACCCCACACCAACGACGACCAGCGCCCACGAAAACGACCGCCCACGGACAUCCAGCGACCGCAAACGACGUCCCCGCCCACGAAAACGAUGUCCACCGCCCAUGA